AGCGUUGCGUCUUCUUGGCGACCGUGACGAAGUAGUCCUGCGCUCCAUUGGCCCAUGUGUGACGGUUCCGUUUGGCGCCUCUGCAGUAUCCAAAGGUCUAGCGCUGGUAGCUAACAGAUUCUACUGUUGUCGUUUGGCUUUCUCCCUCCGUCAAGUAGGCUUUGGUGUGUGUGAGUGAAGGGGGGGGGGUCCUCCUCCUUCCUUCCCUCGCAAAGGAAGACGUGUCCUCCAGCGCAGCCUUUAUCCGGUUUCCACACAACACGAACGUCGGCGCUCCGCGCAGCUUCACAUGAACGCACCACAGCGAAGUGACCGUCCCGUCGUGAAGCGGCGAACACGACGGACCCGCAGCACCACAAAACUGCACAUCACGGUCAGCACCACCUACCCCCCAUAAAGCAGUCGUGUUCAUCGGAGGCCCGCGCAGAGACGGUGGUCACACGCCACGAGACUCGGAUUCGUUUUCUUUGGCACGUGCGAGUGCGUACACGACGGAAGACGCGGCCGGUGAUGACGAACUGCAACGUCCACGCCGCCUGUCGGGCCUCCUUUGCAUCUCUUCACGGUCUCUUUUGCGGUUAUGUUCGCAGUGCGCUGUGGUGGAAAGUGGAUGAUGCGGGUUUGGUCACCAGGUGCGUACUGGACAAAGCGCUGAGGCGGCGCACGGCUGCCGACUUUGGUGAGACUACUGGCCUCCUUCACGUAGCCUACGGUGCUUUUCGUCAUUUUAAGCUGGACACACGAGACAUCACGAAUGACGAAUGA